AAUGUCAUUAGGGGUUUCGCCUUACGAAUUGUACCCCUAGACUUUACUGUGAAAACGAAUAACGAGAAACCGAAGAGCAAGAUCGGACGAACAACAGCGGAUACAGAACCAUGGCGGAAGAUCUGGUGCUCGACACGGCGAUCAGAGAUUGGGUGCUGAUACCGUUAUCAGUGGUGAUGGUUCUCAUCGGCGUCCUCCGCUACUUCGUCUCCAAGCUCAUGCGCUCCUCUCAAACUCCAGAUGUUAAGAUCGUCAAAGAAGGGCAAGUGAUUGUUAGGGCUCGGAAUUUGCGUGCCGGUGCUAAUUUUAUUCCUCCUAAAUCGUUUCGAUCUCGUAGGGUUUAUUUCAGCAACGAGGAAAAUGGGCUACUUCAUGUUCCUAAAGGACAGGCUCAAAAUGCACAAGCAGCCAUGUUCUCUGAUCCUAACAUGGCUAUGGACAUGAUGAAGAAAAACCUGUCCAUGAUCAUUCCUCAGACUCUCACAUUUGCAUGGGUCAACUUUUUCUUCUCUGGAUUUGUUGCAGCUAAGAUACCCUUUCCACUCACUCAGAGGUUCAGAUCAAUGUUGCAGAAUGGAAUUGACCUGAGCUCUGUUGAUGUUAGCUAUGUUAGUAGUCGCUCAUGGUAUUUCCUCAAUUUGUUCGGAUUGAGGGGACUAUUUAGCCUCAUUCUUGGAGAAGAAAAUGCUAUGGAUGAUACACAGCGUAUGAUGCAAAUGGGUGGAUUUGGCUUUGAUCCCACUAAGAGCUUGAGUGCUGAGAAAGACAGCUUGGAUAUAGUUCAACAUGAGUGGGCCCUCCCAAAAUUCGAGCAUCGUGCUGAAGCAGUAUUGAGAAAACUCGUCAGCUGAGCACAGCCAAUGUAGCAAUCAGUCAUUACAGAAUGAAGCACAUGGUGGUUCGUAAAUUGAUAGUCUCAUUCAAUCUACCAUAAUUCUGCCUUCCUGACCUAUGAAGCUGGUAGUACCUAGCAAAAUUGCAAAAACUUGUAGACACCAUCAAUUUAGGUUUUUACUUAUAUUCAUCAUCAGUUCUUAUCAAGAAGAGGAUUUCCACACUACAUGACCAUAUUAUUGGAAGAUUGCUUUUGAUCGACUCUUCAUACAUUCUUUUACUUUUCCUAUCGACUCUUCAAAUGUUUCCUGAACUCUGAAAUUUUCUAUGAAUGAAUGUUUCGUAAAAGG